AUGAAACGCCACUUGAGCUUCUCUGUGCUUCUACUUCUCUCGCCUGUCGUUCCAAUUUAUGGGCUACAGUGUGGCAAACACGAAUAUCCCUUCCAAAAUAUGAAAUGCUGUCACGAGUGUCCACAAGGGACAGAAAUGCGAGAGCGUUGCACUGAAAACAGUGACACCGUUUGCCAACCGUGUGAGAAAGGGUCGUACAACAAUGUACACACUGUUUGGAACUGUAAGAGCUGCACCAUCUGUGACUCAGCCAACGGACUUUGGGAGGUGGAGCCAUGUAAAAGCACUUCCAAUACAGUCUGUGUGUGUCUCCCGGGCUACGAGCCAGCUGCCACUAAACCUGAUGAGAAAAGAUGUAACCCAUGUCCCAAUGGGCAUUUCUCCAAAGGAGGGAAUGAGGCAUGCAAACCUUGGACAAAUUGUACAACUGAAGGCACAAAAACUCUCCUAGCUGGGACCAAGGAGAAGAAUGCGGUCUGUGACAACCUUUCUGUGGUGGUGCCUCUGACGACAAAUCUCACCUUUAAGCAGUCCUCAAAGACGUUGACACAUGCCACCUCAGAGACAAAGCCCACCUCGACUUCGUCUACGUCCAGUGCUUUGCCAACGGAGAGCUUACGCAGUGAUGUUAACCGAUCUGAGUAUUUACCGUAUAUCCUCAUCACCGCGGUGUUGUUCCUUGUAUUGGGUGUGAGCGUUCCUCUGAAGAUUUUUCAGAAAACUUCAAAAAACAAGGGAUCAGAGAGGUCCGUGAGACAGAUACAUACAGAUGGAAAAAACAGCUUCCGUAUCCCUAUCCAAGAGGAGCAAAUCGAUAGCAAAUCCAGUCUUGUGCAAAUCUAA